UGAUGGUAAGGCAAAAUUUACUGAUAUUCGAAUUUUAGACGUUACAGAAAAUUUGCAACUAAAUAUUACUUUAACCAUGGCAAGAGAUCCAUGGAGCAGAAUUCCUGCUUGUUCAGAAUGUUUCCUUGACAUCGAACAUGCAAGACAGUUGUCCAGUGACAGAAAGUUUAUUACUUUCCAACGAUUAACAUCAGAAGAAGAGGAAAAGAUUCUACCGGUUGUCUUCACGAAGAAAUUCUCGGUACUGCAUCAAAAUAUAGAUAAAAUUAUUAUGGACAGCAAAACAAAACGUUUAUAUUCUGAACUUAAAAAUAAGGUAACAAAUGUUGUAGAAGUGCCUAUUAGUUCUCAUUUACUUAACGGCCUGGGUAUGAUAGCACUGGAUAUCUCAGAACGUCGGAUUUUUUCGGGUCCUGACUCCAAAUCACGCAUAUCUAUUGAUACAGUUCCAACCAAUAUAUGUUUGACAAAAGAAAACACCAGGGUAAUGUCAGAAGGAAAAUUCCACUUAUUAGUAUCUAUAUGUGAAGUGGUCAACUCCGUCAAACUAAUAAUAUAUCCCGCUGGUAAGAAACAUGUUUCUUUCACAAGUCCGGUUUUUCGUAUAACAGGAAACAUCACUAUUGGACAUUUUGGUGAUCUUCGAUUUAGUGGUGCUGGAAGAGAAAUUGACUCACAUAUCAAUUCUUUUAUCCAAUUCGCUAUCAAUGAUGUUAACAAUGGUAUUAUUGUUCCAGAGUUAAAAAAAAAGGGAAUACAAUUCCUAUUAAAGUCGUACAAUAUUCCAAAUGAAAAAUCUGCAACCUAUAGAAAACUUGGGGAUUUAAAAAAUAUUUUAAGUAAUAUUGGUUUGGUUAUAAGUUCUGUUCCAGGAAAUGUUGCUAAAGUUUUUAGUCCAUUUUUAGUGAAGUUUAUGAUACCACUUAUUUCGACAAUCGACUCUUCCAGAGGAUUCUCUGAUAAAAAUUCAUACCCAUUUUAUAACAGUUUAACUUGGACUGAAGAGGAAUUUUAUAAUUCCGUGUUUCAAUCAGCCAAAGAAAGAUUUUGGACUGAUAUUGUAAUCAUUCGAUAUUCGACUAUUGAACUUAGUAAUUCAUUCUAUUCUACGGCUAUCAAAUACAACAUCAAUAUACAAAAUCACAUCAUUCUGAAAGAAAUGAAAAAUUUGAAGCCCAAGUAUUUGCAAGAUGGUAUGCUGAGUAAUGAUUUGGGGCCAGUGAAAAAGAGUAACCUGAAAGUAAUCUUUCUGUUUGCCCCAUUCCAUAUACAGCCAAUCGUCUUUCGAGAAGCCUAUCUUUUGAACCUUUCUUCUCUGCAUGGAUUCCAAUGGGUUUUAAUGAAAAAAUACGCGCGCGAGUUUCCAUUUGAGAACCAUUCGGUUUGUAACAAAAAAUUAGAAUGCACAUUAGCUUUUACUGGAACCUACCUCUUUGAUUCGACCUACAAUGUAUCAGGUUACCAAACAGAUAGUUGGAAACGAGUUCUUAAUUAUUAUUUUAAAGAAGACCGUGUACUUUACAAAGGUGGAAGAGUUCGUUAUAGGUCCUUUGACAUAGGAGCGUUAAUGGGACUGGGUUAUGAUGCCGUGCACCUUUAUGCUAAAACGUUAUCCAUUCUUGUCAAUAAACGACUAACAUUUAGCGGUGCGAAGGUUAACUGGUUCUUGCGUAAGACAACUCUAGAUGGGCUAACAGAUAAAGUAGCUUUAAAUGCAUACGGUGAUAGGAUUGGUUAUUUCGGUUAUCUGGCCCAAGUUAACCCAAUCCCACGUUGGCCAUAUUUGCCGAAAUCUAAAGUUAUAACUUACGUAAAGUGUAUUAAAAGAUCGGAAGAUGGUAUUCAAUUAGAAAUACCUUACGAAUCGAAAAUACUUCCACACAAUAAAACUGCGGCACUGGUAGCAUUUCCUAUCGGUAAGACACAUAACACUCGAAGAUACAUAUCUUUAUCAGGGAUGGUUGGUCUCAACACACAAAAAAUGAUGCCAAAAAAGGGUGAAGAUUGGCCACCAAUCCUUUAUAUGCGGACAGAGAGUAUAGUUCCACCAUAUUCUUGCCUUUAUGCCUGUGGUAAGAAAUUAAAAGACCCUGGCAAUAUUAAUGUUUUCGAUCGAGGAAUAUGUCGUCCUGGUAACAAAUGCGAAUGCUUUGACGGAUUCGCUGGGAGGUAUUGUCACACAAUUGUAUGUCAAUGUAAUCAUGGUGUGUGCAAGGUUGACGGUACUUGCGUGUGUAAUGCUGGCUAUAAAGGUGUUACUUGUGAACAACCAAUAUGCUACAAAUGUCGUUUUGGUGUAUGCAAAAAACCAAAUCUUUGUGAAUGCACUACUAUAUUAUACAUUGGAAUGUUUUGCGACGUUCAUAUUAUGAGCAUCAUAAUACCUCUCUGUGUAGGAUUGACUCUUCUGAUGUGUUUUUCUUAUUUCCUGGUGACAGUUUUGGGCAGAAAGACGAAGCGAGUGAGGUUUCAGCAAUGGAUAAUUGACUGGGAUACAGUAACUAAACCCGAGGGAUUAGUUACGGCAGGGGGGUACACAGGUAUUAUUAGCAAAAAAGUUGCAGUUUAUAGAUGGUACGAUCAGGACUGGUAUGUGAAAAAGAUUAAUAGUAGGACAAUUCCUCCUGAUGAUAAAAGGAUUAUUUCAGACAUGGUCAAGUUAACGAAAACUAGACAUUGUAAUCUGAUCCAAUAUGGUGGAUGCUGUUUGACUUAUCCUAACGUCAGCUUGUUCGUGGAAAUUGCUGAGAAGGGAAGUAUAGCGGAUGUACUUGCCAACGAAACUUUUGAGAUUGGAUGGGCAUUUGGAUUUUCAUUUUUAAAAGACAUAUGUUGCGGAAUGGAAUUUUUGCACGACAAAUCUGAAAUCAAGACCCAUGGACGUCUCAAAUCUUCAAACUGCUUGGUUGACAAGCGCUGGACUGUACGUCUGUCAGGAUUUGGUGCACCGUUUCUUCGUUAUGGCAGCUACAGAAUGCCAGAUUCU